CCUUUAUUUUUUAUUUUUUUAAAAACAGCAACAAAUAACGAGAAGUAUAGAGACAUCUUACCUUUUUUUGUGAAUUAAAGUACAUCAGCUUUAAAUCUUAUCUAGCAAACUCACUAUCGUUUCAAAACAAAUCGAUGAGGAAAUAACAUCAUUUUCUUCGAUACACUUGGCUGUUUGACAUCAUCCGUGCGAUAUAAAUAGAUGGGUUAGAAAUUAUGUGCAGGAUACCUAAUUAUGAUUGUCAUGCAAGGCCAACGCCUCCCCACGGGCGAUAGAUAAGCUAACCCAUACAAAACGUACUGCAACCGUAGCUGCAUUUUGCAGCAGAGCAGAAAACAACCGGCUUCCAAAUAUUACUUUACGCCUAAUAUUGAGAUUCUGGUAAUGUUCACUAGUUUUAGGAUAUUUAACUAGAAAGAAAGAAACAUUCAAGUUGCCCGGUAAUUUUAGUUUCUUAGUCUCUUUCUCCCUCUCUCUCUUUCCCUAUCCUUCUCUUUCUGUAUGUAGCCCUAUAGCUCCCUUAGCAUAGAAAAUCUCAAAGCACGCUGACUGUGCGGAAGCUUAUCGAGCCCAGUUAACUAUGAUUGAUUCUGAUAAACACACUCCACAAAAAAGAAGAGGGCUUAACAGAAACGAUAAGUGGAUCAAACGGGUGGCCCCCUUUAGUUAUGAACAAACUCAUUAACGUUAAGUAGAGGGUGUUCCGUAUGACAUUUGGUCGAUUGAAAGCUUAUAGGCGUUGUGAAAAAAAAAACUUUGUUUAAAAAUCCCAAAACAUUACCUGACAUACCUUAUUUACCAUAAAAGAACUCGAAUGUUUUUUUGUUGUUGCAAAAUUGAUGUUAUCAAUCUACUAGUAAAAUCAUUUUCUUAUUUGGCACCUCGAUUUCUAGGGUUUAGGGCUGCCGAAGUCAAUACAGGGUUUUCCAGUGGUUCUCAUAGUUGUGGGACACUUUAUUGACUCUUUUUUAAUAGGGAGUGAACUCCAUGUGAUGGAAAGUCCACUAAGGCACCCUUUUUGGACAGAUUCCUUGGAAAUUCCUAUAGGAUUUGUCCAACAAGGAUGCUAUAGAGUCCAAUUCCCAUUAUAAUAAGUUCAUUUCACAGUUCAUUAAACAUCGAUAUUAGUACUUUUUCCAUUUUGUUUUAUAAAUUGUAGACUAAAUUACCAUACAGCAAAAAAAAAGUGAAGUAAAAGAAAACAAUACUGAUUUUUAAUCAUAUACAAUCGAACGCAAAAGCUGCACGGAACACCCUCUGCGAGCAUGGAUCUGAGCGCAAAGCGUGCGAGCGAAAGAGUGCGCAAGACACACGCACAAAAAGUGCGCGAGAGCGAGAGGAGCGCCUCUAGAUAAGUGUUAUCGUACACCACCACCACCACGAUCACCACGACUCAGCCCUCAUCCAAAAACGGGAUUCGGGAUUGAAAUAAAAUUGUGUCAUCGUUCGCCGGUGCGCUAGUAGUCGUCGUGAUUUGUUGCCGGUUGCGUGUAUGCGAGCGCGCGCCCUGUGUCUAGUAAGCAAAAAAAAAGCAGUACAAAAUGGUGGUGGCCAAAAAGUGGAUCUACGCGAAGCCGUUCGAGGGCCUGCCGAAGGACGAAAACUUCCGACUGGAGGAGGAAACGCUACCGGAACCGGGCGAGAAUGAGUUUGUUGCCGAGGCCGUGUUCCUGAGCGUCGAUCCGUACAUGCGCCCGUACAUGGCCAGCUAUCCGGCCGGCACGGUCAUGAUCGGGGGCCAGGUGGCGAAGGUGACGGCCAGCCGGCACCCCCAGUUCCCGGUCGGUGCGACCGUGUUCGGCAACUUUGGCUGGCGCACGCACACGCUGGUGAACCCGGAGCAGGGUGCCGCCGACAGCCGGCCGUACGUGCUGCCCCCGUUCGGGGCGCACCCGGCGUCGCUCGGGCUCGGCGUGCUCGGCAUGCCGGGCAACACGGCCUACUUCGGCUUCCUCGAGCUGUGCCAGCCGAAGCAGGGCGAAACGGUGGUGGUGAGCGGGGCGGCCGGUGCGGUCGGCAGCCUGGUCGGCCAGAUCGCCAAGAUCAAGGGCUGCCGGGUGGUGGGCAUCGCCGGCUCGGACGACAAGUGCGGCUGGCUGCGGGAGCUCGGCUUCGACGCCACCAUCAACUACCGGCAGGUGGAGCGGGACGCGUUCGCGGACGCGCUGCGGGCGGCGGCCCCCGGCGGCGUGGACUGCUACUUCGACAACGUGGGCGGCUACAUCUCCGAGGCGGUGCUCGGCCAGAUGAACCUGUACGGGCGCAUCUCGGUGUGCGGCACGAUCUCGAACUACAACGCGGAGCGGGCGCAGGUCGCCGACCCGCAGCGCCUGUUCGUGUUCAAGCAGCUGCGCCAGGAGGGCUUCAUCGUGACGCGCUGGGCGAAGCGGUGGAUGGAGGGCAUCCGGCAGAAUCUGCAGUGGAUCGAGGAGGGCCGGCUGCGCUACCAGGAAACGGUCACCGACGGGUUCGAGCAGAUGCCGGCCGCCUUCGUCAGCAUGCUUACUGGGGGGAACACGGGCAAGGCGGUCGUCAAGGUGUAAAAACGUACCCGUCUACGCGCACACAACUAUCAAUCAACACACACAAACACAUGCAAUCGCGCAAAAGAGAAUAAAAAGUGAGUACCGUUUUCGUUGGUGCAAAUCAGA